AUGCAAGAAACAUUAAAGGAAGAAAUGAAGAAAAUGAAAGACAUGAUGGAACAAAUUAAUUUUAUUUUAUCAGAAAUAGAAAUAAACAAUAAAAAAAGAUUUGAAAUUCAAAUAGAUGAAACAAAUAUUAUUCAACGAAGAAUUGGAAUGAACCACCAACUUGAAACAAUGAUAAACAACACACAAAAUAUCAUAAAAUUAAAAGAACUUUCAAAUGAAAUGAAUAAUAUACAUAAACAACUCAAUGAAAGCAUUAAAAAUAUUGAAAAAGACUUUGAAAUAACAAGAGAAAGAAUAGAAAAAGAAAUUAAGACAAUAGAUAAUAAAUGUAAAGAUAUUUGUGAUGAAAGAAUGAAAGAAGAAGAAGCAAAAUACAUUUUACAUCAAUGGAAUAAAGGAAGAGAGAUGGAGAUAAUAUAUGAUAGUGAUAUUAAUGAAUGUUCAAAUGAGAGACUAAAAGAAACAAUAAUGAAUAAAGGAAAUAUUCUUAUUUUAUUUGAAGGAAAUGAAGGAAAUGUAUUUGGAAUUUCAUUAGAAAAUAUGAAAAAGGAUUAUUCAGGGAUAAUCAUGGAUAAAUCAAUGACAUUUUAUGGAUUUAAAAACAAAUUAGGUCUUUUACCUAAAUUAUGGAGAAAUGAAGAAAUGAAAGAAAUACCUAAAUUGUUUAUUCAUUCAAAUCAAAAUUAUAUUCUUCGAUUUGGUGGUUGGAAUGAAAAUAUUAAUAUUGGUCAUUUAAAUAAGAAAGAAAGUAGAGAGGAAUUAGGAUGGUUCAUUAAUAUUCCAAAACAACAAUUCAUUGGGACAAAAAAUGAGAAAUUUGUUGUUGAAAGAAUAAUGAUACUAAAAUGUUGA